UUCCGCCACCUUGCAAUUCUCUUUGCUGUGCGGUUCUCUUUCGCCUGCGACUUAAAACAAGGGGCAGGGCAGGCAGUGAUGGUUGGUCAUGGUUUCUCCCCCCUCCUCGAGGAAGCUAUGCUGACGUUUGUUUCUCCUCUGCCGGGUUGGUGGGGAGGUAGUUAUUUAUUUAUUUCGAAGGGGCUAUAAAUUAGGAUAGCGAGAGCUGGGAGGAGGAGUGCACUCAGCUCUUGACAGAAGCCGGAGGAAAAACAGCGCCUGUGGAGUUUUCCUUGCUGCAGACAUCCAUCCUUGGGAAGCAGACAUUCUCUCUUCCUGCCUACACAGAUACCCACCCCCCCCAAAAGAUGAGAGGCCUCUGUUUUUACCUGCUCUCCAUCCUCUGCCUCGCCUCCUCCCAAAAGGUGCCCAGGCUGAAGCUCAAUCUGCAAGAUGCCCAGAGGUUCAAUUUCAGUGAACGUGAGAGACCGGCGGCCAUGUUCCACGAGCCCGGCUCCAACCAAGUCCUCGUCGGAGGCCGGGGGAAGCUGUUGCUCUUGACGUUUACGGACUCCGAAGUCACUCCGAAAGAGGUCCCCCUGAAGGCUGAUGAGAAGGCAGAAAAGGACUGUAAAAGCAAGCCCAGAGCAGCGUGGGAGGACUGUGACAAUUUCAUCCAAGUGAUUGAGAAAGUGGACAACAAAAUGAUGGUCUGUGGAACCAACGCGGCUUCUCCCAAGUGCUGGUUUCUGGUCAACACCACAACCUUCCAAACGGACAAGCAAGGCCGGAAUAUCACCGCUUCAGGGGAAAACAUCUCACCAGCAUCACCAUCCCAGAACGCCGUGGUCAUCACUGUAGAAGACACCCUUUAUUCUGCAUUCUCUGGAGAAAAAAGCAGCAUCCAGAGAAGCUAUGGGAAGAAGAAGGGGCUGAAGACAGAAAACAGCUGGCUGCCCCCAGGAGCGGAGUUUGUUGGUGCCGCCCUGCUGGCAGAGAAGGACCAGAGCAAAGACGAAAUCUUCUUCUUCUACAACGAGGUCAACCAGUCGGCCGGGCUGGACGAGGAGCCUUACAAAGCUGGGCUCGGGCGUGUCUGCAAGGUGGACCAAGGCGGCAGGCCUGUCAUGGCGGAUUCCUGGAGCACCUUCCUCAAGGCGAGGCUGGUGUGUGGACACCCCACUGAGCCCAUGCGCUUCCACCGCCUCCGGGACGCCUUCGUCUCCAGGAAAGAGGGCGGCAAGGGCGAGACGGUGCUGUACGGCGUCUUCUCCAGUGCCUGGGGUUCAUCUGCUGUCUGUUCGUACUCGAUGAACCGGAUCAGCAACGUUUUCAAGACUUCGAAGUUCAAAGGGGUCACCGGCCCCAUCCCUGUGCCCAGACCCGGCAUGUGUGUGCCACCAGAUGGUCACCCUCCGUUGCCCAAAUCUACCCUGACCUUCAUUAAGGACCACCCCGAAAUCGACUCGGUCAUCUACCCGGAUGAAGAGCACCCCCUCUACAUCCUCCAGAACAACGACACGUACACCCAGGUGGUGGUGGAUAGCGUGCAGGAUGCUGCCGGCAUCUCCCGCGAUGUCCUCUUCCUGGGAACAGCCAAAGGGAAGAUCCACAAGGUGCUGAGAAGCAAAGACCAGACGGUGAUUGUUGCUGAGCUGAGUCCCUUCAAGAAGGAAGCCCCUGUCUCUUCUAUGAUCUUGGACGACGAUUCGGGCCACCUGUACGCCAGCACCGAGUUCGAGGUGGUGCGCCUGCUGUUGGCCGACUGCGACCAGUACAAGGAAAACUGCUGGAAGUGUAUCCUGGCCCGUGACCCAUAUUGUGGGUGGGACGGGGAACAGAAGACUUGCUCCAUUGUCUCCCAGGACAGUAACUCCACUGGCAGCUUGCUUCAGAACCUAGAUUCAUCGAGCACAGCUUCCAUGUGUGAAAACGCUGAAGAAAAGUUAGCCCAGGAGGCUCUCAAGAAAGUGAGUGUAGAUCCCACUGGCUACAUCUACCUGCCGUGCCCUCUGCGGUCUCACCACGCCAUCUACACCUGGGUCAAAGAUGACAAGACGUACCCAUGCUCCAUGGACGAACAGUCCUGCACCCUCCGUUUCGGGGAGAGCACCCCGAUGGACCAGGGGGUCUUUAAGUGCACCUCCAGAGAAGAAGGUUACCAAGAGGAAAUCACAGCCUUCAAAGUCACCCUCAACAGUGGUCGGAUCCCAGAAGUCUCCGUGGCAGUCAUGGCUAUGGGCAUCUUGUUCCUCACCAUAACAAUUCUCUUGCUAUAGACCAGGCUGCAGAUCUCUUCACACACUGCCAACUAAUUGUCUGUCUGUCUUUGAAAACGAAACAAGGGGCACCAAAUUAUCCCGACCCACCUGCCCAUUCUUGAGCAUUGGGCAAAUCGCACCCAAUUCAACAAAAAUGGAUCCAUCAUCCAUCAACUUUCUCCAAGCCCACUAUUUCAUCCCACACACACAAAAAGAGAAUUAAUUCCCCGGCUCCUAAUUCCAGAAUAGCCUUUCACUAGGAAAUGCUGAGAGUCAGAGGAGAAUCAAGGAAGGCAAGACUUGUCAUUGAUUGUUUGAUUUGUCCAUUCCAGUAUGAUUAGCAAUGAAAGAAUAUUUAUUGAGCCAUCCUGGAAUAAACUCUGGCUCAAUCCAACCCCGCAAACCAUUUUGUUUUCCCAGUGGCCCUUCCCAACUUGGGUAGGGUUUACCCAGAGUUUAUUUCCUUUUUUUAAGCAAACCAUUUUCCAGUAAUGAAAAGAAAUGCACUCCACACUUUAUUGUUACAUUUCUGUUCUAGAUUCUGGACAUAAUAACCCAAGGCUUUGUCUUGUUGCAUGAGCUACACAGUCUGUGAAAUCUUUACUGCUAGAAGGCAUGGGAUUGUAUUGGGUUCCAUGCCCAACUCUUAAGAAUUGGGACUUCUAUGUAGCGAAACAGCUUCUGGGCCUGGGCUGCCAUUUUGGAGCAAAUGUUGGCCAAACUUCUGCCUUACUUCAUAAGCUGGAUGCCAAAACAGCUGUCAACAUCUGCCAGAACUCAACUGCCUGUGUGUUUGAAUUCACCCAGAAGCGGAUUAUCUCAAAAAGAUCAAAGUUGGACGCUUUUUUGCCGUCGUACCCUCACGCCAAUGAUUCCUAGCUUCUUUUUCCAGUUUGUCAGUGUGCAAGGCCCAGCCUAUAUAAUGUUUACAAUCCUAACAGUGCAUGCAGUUAUUGCAUUUUAUAUAUAUAUAUGAAAAAAUCAGCGGGAAGGUUCUGUAAAGGAGUGAGAGGAAGGAUCCAGUUAUGAAGGAACGCAACCGUAGGUUGAUGACCAGCUGAAAGUGAAGAAGGGGUUUUGGGUUUCAUAAUGCAUAAUGAACUGAACCAAACACAAGAGGGGCGAAGGCUGCAUUCGGGUGGUGUUGAUCACGGCAUGCUCUUUCCCAAAAAAACUUGGGAAUUGAAAGAGAGGAACCAGGAAGCUUCUAAGAUAACUGCGCCUCUGCCCCAGCGGUGGAGCGUAUGCCCACGAUGCCCAGGGUGGGUGCAUGGGGGUGCGCCCCCUUCACAAAAUUGCAACUGGGGUGAC